UCUUAUGGACCUUGGCCGCUCUCAGACUUCUCUCUGACCGUAAUAAGGCAAUGUUUGUUCUUAGUUCUAACCUUACUCGAAAGAUGAUGUAACCUGACCUAACCCUUCCCGAAUGAAUCAGUUGUGUAUGUACGAUCGCGUUAUCAAGCGUGUAGUCAAGCUCAGAUGACAUAUCACAAGAAAGAUUCCCGCCGUUCGAAAGUAAGAGGUUUCCGACAAACCAAAGCAAUACAUGAUGAACGUACAAACAAGACACCCUUACGAAGGUUUGCUGCACAAGUACACAAAUGCCAUGAAAGGCUGGCAGUAUCGCUGGUUCAUCUUGAGUCCUGAGACCGGUGAACUGCACUACUUCCUCAGUGAGUCUGAAAAAAAUCACAGGCCACGAUGCUCGAUAUAUUUAGCAGGUGCUGUAAUAGCUCCGAGCGAUGAGGAUUCGAAUACAUUCACCGUCAAUUCCGCUACAGGUGAUAUGAUCAAACUACGAGCUACGGACGCACGAGCUCGUCAGGAAUGGGUGGACAAGCUGAGGGCAGUUACAGAGAUGUACACCAGGGCUAUAGCUAGCAGUCAUCCUCCACUGCCACCUCGAGAACAUUCAGGAAAUUCGAGCAGAAAUCCCGUUAUUAAAUUGGAAGUGCUAGAUGCCUUUGCCAAUUGCCAGGAACAAUUGAGGAAAGUGGAGAAACAUAAUCUUGCCUUAGCACAAUCUAUUGAGAACUCGGAACUACAUUUAGACCCGGAUCUCUUAGUUCUCAAAGCUAUGUCACAUACUACUCUACAUACGUUAAGCCAAUGUCUCAAUAUAUUAUAUCAACAAAAUUUGAUAUCACUGAGAAAGAAUGAGGUGACUUCUAUUUGUGCACAUGAUAAUCCCCUUCGAAGAAACAUGUUACAUACCUCAUGUUCCGAGAAACAAGCGAAGGUGCCGGAUGUGAAAAUCGUUACGUUUCCGCCGGAAGAGGAAGCAAGUUCGCUUCCGCCAGGAAAGAUGGUUCUCACAAUGCGGAAAUUCAAUACAAAUGUGCAGGAUAAAAUUUGUGGAUUUCACUUGACUAAGUCAAAAUGGGAUCCGUACCCGUGGGUUGGAUACGUCGAAAAUAACAGUCCUGCCGAUCUAGCAGGAUUUAUAGCUGGCGAUUGUUUAUUGGGCGUUGACGAUGUCGAUUUACUAGGUCUAAAGAUCAAGGAUAUCGCUACUUUGAUUCGUAGCAACGGUGAACACGAUGUGAACUUUUCUAUUUGGAGAUACACGCAUCAGAAAGAAGAACAAAGCAAUAUCGGAUUAGCCUUGAAGGGUCCACUUCCGGAUGUAGCUAGGAAUCUCGCAAAUGCGUUAUCGGGAACGGUCCGCAUCUUAGAAUGUCCGAUUUGUUUGGAAAGUGCUGCGCCCCCGGUCUCGCAAUGUGUUCACGGUCACAUUUUGUGCGUAAUUUGCAGAUCGAAAACAACGCGUUGUCCUGUUUGCAGAGUCCGUCUUGGUCAGGGUCGAUGUCUUCUUGCUGACAAACUGCACAGAAUGCUCCGCGACACUUUCAAUGUGAACAACGACAAAAUUCUGGACAGAACACUUGUCGCAUCCGAUCGUUACAAUUUGCGCGAUGAGUUGUUCGGUAAAAAUAAUAAAAAACAAGAAGCUCCGAUCACCAACCGGUCAAAAACUGAUUAUUCCUCGUUAAAACCAAGACAAUUCUUACUGGCCAGAUUAUUACUUGGUGGCAGAGAAAAAGCUGCUUCCGCAGAAAAUCUGACUAAGGUACCUGAAAUGUCAGAGGAAACGACAAUAAUUUCUAAUAAAAUAACAGACAGUAACAGUUUGAGUGUACGAUUGUCGUUAAAUAAUCGUACCAAGUCUGCCAGUACCGGCGAGUUGUCAAGAGACAGCACAACUCGUGUCGAUGACGCGUCUUCGCAAAAUGUUGAGUUAUCCGCGACGAACACAAGUCAGCAGUCGCUGAGCUUGCCACAGACGCCAGUAUGGAGCGGCUCCGUGGAUUCUAUGUCUUGUAUAUAUCUGGCGUGUCCUCUCUUGCAUUCUUGCAGGGAAGUGGUCACGUCCGACUCGUUAAUGGAGCAUCUCAGGAGUCACGCUGUGCCGCAAAUUCAUUUUUACUCCGGAAGCGCCAAACUCCCACUACCACUUCCUUUCGGAUGCGAUGCUCUGUACAUAUUGCACCAUGGGAGUAACAUAUUUUUCUUUCAGUGUAAAGAUAAAACCUCAUGGAUGACAUACCCUGGUAAAGCUCAUGCGCACAAUAUGUGGGAAUGGACAUUACAUGCUUUGGAUAACAAUACGGAAGUGCGAUGGCGAAGAUAUGUUGCAAGUCUCGAAGAUCCUUUAACAUUAUCUGCGCAACAUAUUGCACCAUUGUCAGAUACAUUAUUGUCAAGGACUCUCAAUAUUCAAAUAUUAGAAAAUCGAAGUCAUGACAGAUUAUACGUCUAAAAAUAAUAAACAAUGUUCCUUUACCCUCCUCUAUUUUUGAUUUUAGUUAAUUCACUAAUUUUUAAAUUGCAAUUGAAACACCUCAAGCAUCUGAUGUGAAAAAGUAAAAUUUUAUUUUUGUCAUUUCUUAAUAGCUAACAAGGCGUCGCAAAAGGUAACUAUAUUAUAUAUCUUACGUGUAAAGUCGCAUGACUGUAUUUUCCAAUACUUACAUAGAUUAUAUGUAAUUUCGGUAUAACAAACGUAUAAUACUUAUUCUAUGAAAGAAACAUGCAAAAUCUUAAUGUACUAUAAAAUCAUACAAAAAUCUUAAGGGUCCUUGAUACUCUCGUGGCUAUCUUAGAUUUUGUCAGAAGCGUGAAAAUUAUUUUAUUUAGAAGAGAAUAUUUUCGCAUAAACUCACAUUUAAUCCAUAGACAUCAAAAUUCAAGAUGAGCUGCGUGAGUAUCGAGAAACCUUAUUUAACGCAUUCUGUUCUUUUGUAACAGUGUCGUAAAUAUCCUAACACAUAAAGUUGCAACAAUAUCUUAAGUAAUAAAAGACAUUAUUUGAUGUAACUGUAUAUGCUAUAAAACAUUGGCAGUACCGACUGUAUAUAAAUCUUAAUUCAAGAUUUCUUAUCGCUAAGUAAAUCCUAUAAAAAAAAAUCUGUUUACUAAACUCUAACACAAAACUGUUUUGUUUUUUAUUUUAUUGCAUAUUGUAUAGCAAUUUAUUGUAUAAAAUCAUUCUGGUUACUUUUUAACUUCUGAUGGGAUCUAAUAAAUCAUUUUUUUCUAAAGCAUAAAAAAUCAAAUAAUUAAGAUAGUUUAAUCCUGGUUGUAGAUCAGGUAUAAUAGUAUCCAAUUGUUACCAGAUAUGCAAAAAGUAUUUUAAAAAAAUAAAAAAUAAAACUAUAUUAUCAUUUAACCAUUUCCAUGUAAAUAUCGCGCCGCAAACAGCGGAUAAUCUUACGUUAGAGCGUGUCGUAGCUAGAGUUAAUGUAUUAAAGUAUUUUUUAAGGUAUUUUAAGGUAUUUU